CGUGACGUCACGUUUUUUUUUCAGGAGGCGGAUGCUCGAAAUACGAUCGGCAGUCUGCAGUAUAAAUGAUACGUAAAAAGCGAUGUUUUCGACCCGCUCGACCUUAACAUGGGUGAACUUUGUCGGGAGUAUGGGUUAGAUGUCGAUAAUGUAAUAGAGCAGCUUUUAAGCUACAAGAAAAACCCCGGGAAACAGGUUCAGUUGCCUGAAGCUCAAAUAAGGCAAAUUUGUCAAGUUUCCCGGGAAAUAUUCCUUCAACAGCCAAUGCUUUUAGAGAUUGGAGCUCCAAUUAACAUAUUUGGUGAUAUACAUGGUCAGUACGAGGAUCUACUUAGGCACUUUGACAAGCUAGGAUACCCACCCAAUGAAAGCUAUAUAUUUCUUGGUGAUUAUGUUGACCGUGGAAAAAAGUCAUUAGAAACAAUUUGUCUUCUUUUGGCAUACAAGAUAAAAUAUUCAGAUCAAGUAUUUCUUCUACGUGGGAAUCAUGAGUGUGCAAGUAUAAACAGAGUGUAUGGGUUCUAUGACGAGUGCAAGAGACGUUACAACAUAAAGUUGUGGAAAAUAUUUACUGAUUGUUUUAAUUGUUUACCUAUUGCAGCAAUAGUUGAGCAGACAAUCUUCUGUAUGCAUGGAGGCUUAUCCCCAGAUCUACAAGGUCUGGAUGAGAUCAGAAAUCUAGAGAGACCAAUGGAUGUCCCUGAUAAAGGACUGGUGUGUGACCUACUGUGGUCCGACCCAGACGAGGAUAUUACUGGAUGGGGAGAUAAUGAUAGGGGCGUUUCCUGGACAUUUGGUGGUGAUGUGGUGCGAGAGUACCUGGAAAAGUAUGGCUUCAGUUUGGUGGUGCGGGCACAUCAGGUUGUUGAAGAUGGAUACAGAUUUUUCGAGAAAAGAAAGCUGGUAACACUUUUCAGUGCACCCAACUACUGUGGAGAAUUUGACAAUGCUGGGGGAGUAAUGUCAGUUGGUGAAAAUCUCAUGUGUUCAUUCAGCAUACUGAAGCCUCAAAGUCUACAGGUGAUAUUUGAGGAGGCAGAGGAGAAGCCAAAGAAAAGUGCCAGUAUCUUCAACAACAGGAUAGCUGUGGCAUGACAAAAUAAUUAUUCCUUAACCCCCCCCCCCCCCCCAAGUUUCAAGAAAGGGGAAGCCGGAAACAUUGUUCUUCCGUGGAUUUCCUUAUAUGUCUUGUUACUUUUAAGCCGCAAAUGUCUGAAAAUAGGGGAGGCCGGGCCCCGCUCGGCUCACCCCUAGAUCCGCCCCUGGCAAUGCCCCCAAUCCAAGUAUUUGGAGGGCUGUUACUGGUUUCAGCCUGGAGAUUUCGCAUUAUCUUACGCUUUGAAACAUAUUUUGUACUUUGUGCUGUAUUACCGUACCGUCAUCACAACAGUCAUUACCAUUCAUGAUGUAAAGUAAUAUUUAAUUUCUAUUUAUGAUUUUUCACAUUUGAAAGACGGAUCGACAAGAUGAUCUAGUAUUAUUUAACUUAUUUGAUAUUUAUUAAUUGAAUCAUUAAUUGUCUAUUUAGAUUUAUAAUAAAGAGGUGAAACGAUUUUCACGA